GGCUCUCGUCCGUGUUGAGUCCAGCCUGCUACAGAAACAACACGUGUGUAACAUCAUGGAGUUCGAGGGCUGCAACUGCUUCAGACAGAGGCUCGUUUUAUCCACACUGAGCGGAAAACGAGUGAAAAUACGAAACAUCAGGUCUAAAGAUGAUAAUCCGGGCCUUCGAGAUUUUGAAGCGAGCUUCAUCCGACUCCUCGACAAAGUGACCAACGGCACAAGAAUAGAAAUCAACCAAACGGGGACGGUGUUGUUCUACCAGCCGGGGCUCCUGACGGGCGGCCCCGUGGAGCACGAGUGUCACGCGCAGCGCUCUGUGGGAUAUUACCUGGAGCCGCUGCUGAUGCUGGGGCCGUUCAUGAAGAGCCCGCUGAGAGCCGUGCUGAAGGGCGUCACCAACGGCCCCGACGACCCGUCCCCGGAUCUCCUGAAGAGCACCGCUGUUCCUCUGAUGAAGAGCUUCGGGAUCGACGGAGACGGCCUGGAGAUAAAGGUGGUGAAGCGAGGCGUGGCUCCUGGAGGAGGAGGAGAGGUUCACUUCUCCUGUCCCGUCCGGCGCUCCAUCAAACCCGUUCAUCUCACGGAUCCCGGGAAGAUCAAGAGGAUCCGAGGAACAGCAUUCUCCGUGAGAGUGUCUCCUCAGAUGGCCAACCGGAUCGUGGACUCGGCCCGGAGCGUCCUGAACACGUUCAUCCCGGAUAUCUACAUCUACACGGACCACAUGAAGGGCCAGAGCUCUGGGAAUUCUCCAGGAUUCGGCCUGACGCUCGUGGCCGAGACGCUGAACGGGACGUUUCUGGGGUCAGAGGUCGUGUCGACGCCGCAGGGUCACGGAGAUCCGGUGCUUCCCGAAGAUCUGGGGAGGAACUGUGCCAAACUCCUGCUGGAGGAGAUCUAUAGA